CUACAGUUGCUGCAGCCGCGGCGGGAGGUGUCCGAGACAAGAUGAAGCUCAUCAUCCUGGACCAUUAUUCUCAGGCCAGCGAGUGGGCAGCCAAAUACAUCAGGAAUCGCAUCAUCCAGUUUAACCCAGGGCCAGACAAGUAUUUCACCCUGGGACUUCCCACUGGGAGCACCCCAAUUGGCUGCUACAAGAAGCUCAUUGAGUACUAUAAGAAUGGAGACCUGUCCUUCAGAUAUGUGAAGACCUUCAACAUGGACGAGUAUGUGGGCCUUCCUCGAGACCACCCGGAGAGUUACCACUCCUUCAUGUGGAACAACUUCUUCAAGCACAUUGACAUCCUCCCAGAAAACACCCACAUUCUGGAUGGGAAUGCACCUGACCUGCAGGCUGAGUGUGACACCUUUGAAGAGAAGAUCAGAGCUGCAGGGGGAAUUGAGCUGUUCGUUGGAGGCAUCGGCCCUGAUGGACACAUUGCCUUCAAUGAACCGGGCUCCAGUCUGGUGUCCAGAACCCGUGUGAAGACUCUGGCCAUGGACACCAUCCUGGCCAAUGCUAGGUUCUUUGAUGGUGAUCUCACCAAGGUGCCCACCAUGGCCCUGACAGUGGGUGUGGGCACUCUCAUGGAUGCUAGAGAGGUGAUGAUCCUCAUCACAGGUGCUCACAAGGCCUUUGCCCUAUACAAGGCCAUCGAGGAGGGAGUGAGCCACAUGUGGACCGUAUCCGCCUUCCAGCAGCAUCCCUGCACAGUGUUUGUGUGUGACGAGGACGCCACCCUGGAGCUGAAAGUGAAAACAGUCAAGUAUUUCAAAGGUUUAAUGCUUGUUCAUAACAAGUUGGUGGACCCCUUGUACAGUAUCAAAGAGAAAGAAACAGAGAAAAACCAGUCUUCCGAGAAACCAUACGGUGAUUAGCCUGUGUUCAUCCUAGCAUUGAGUACCUCUUUAGGACAGAGCAAUUCUGGAAAUGGCCUUUAGGACAGAAUUGUAUUUCUUUAAUCCAGUAUGGUUACUCCAGAUCAAUGGGUACACUUACUGUUCUUGGCUGUGUAGCACAGAGCCCAGUCAUGAGUGUAGCUACAGGGAGAAGGACUUGUUCUGUUAACUUACUUUAAUUAGAAAAAAAAGUCUUAGAAAAAUGUACUCCUUAAUUUUGAUGUCUGCCCUACAGAGAUUACGGUUUUUUAGCUUUUGUUCUGCCUUUGGCACUGUUGUCCUGUACAACCACACUCCCAUCAGGAAUUUCUAUCAUUACGUACACUGAUUGUCAACUAGGGGUAGUAGAGCCUUUGAAAGCCCUUUGUGUAGUAGGCCAACCUCUCAUUUGAGAAUCACUGUUCCAGAUUAAGGAACAAACUCUCAACCUUCUGUUUAGUUAUAAGUGCCAUGAAAAGAAAAUGAUUCCUUACUUUCUUUCCAUAGUUGUUGGGUUUUUUUUUUUUUCCUGCUCUCACAGUUGGCCUUUCCAUGAACUUGGAGGACUCCUUGGGGAGGAGGACCUGGGUGGCUAGGGCCAAAGAGAAAGCUUUUGCUGAUAAACUCAGAGCCUCAAGGGGCCUAACCACAUCAAAAUCCCCUCCCUCCGGGACCCUCUGGCACCUGGAGGAAGGUGGAAAUCCUCUUCCCACCAGAGCCCCGUGUUUUUGUUCCAAGGUCUCACUGGGGCGACAGAUCCUGCCACAGUGUCAGUGUGUUCAGCUAAGGAGAUAGGGGCCAGGGCAACAGCUGUUAGGCCGAAGUUGUCACAACAUGAGUGACAUGUUCUCCUGCUGCCCUGAGAGGUGAGUGCCAAGACAGCAUACCAAAUGCUUCUAAAGUUGCCUAAUAAUAGCCUUUCCCCACUUAAAAUACCCUGCCCUUCCAACCCGCUCAGGUUCCUGUGGCAUGCUCUGCUGUUCCCAGAACAUCGGGAAAUACAGCCCUUUUGACCCUUUAUCCUUCACCCCUUGUUCACAACAUGAGUUUACUGCUCUGCCUUUUGACUCUCUUAAACCUUCGUGGAGUGGAUGCUGCCUUCCCCUCCCUGUUUCUGUGCCUGUUUGAAGCUGCUGCUUCCUCUCUGGAAAGAUCUUUCAGAGACCAGCUCAGGUCUCUCUUCAAGUGCUGUGUUUGGUACCAGUGUUUGGUCUUGAGCUUUUAUACCUGAUUGUGCUGUGAUUCUGUCUUAGGCUAAUGGAUCAAUGGACUUGUUUACAAUGUGAUAUUUUCUAUUAAAUCCAGUAUUUUCAAAUAAAAUGUGUCUUUGUGAAGUUGCACCCCUGGAAGUCAGAGGGUGGUUUGGGUUGAUAUUUACAUAUUUUGGGAACAGCUGGUGAGCAAAGCUUCACAUUGACUCCUCACAGCAGCUCUAAAGGAAGGCACAAUCACUGGCAACUGCUGACCUCUUCAGUCAUCGGAGGGAAAUAAAAUAGUUCAUAAAAAUGAGGCACCCAUGUAAAAUGGGUGGGAUGAGGGCAUGAACACAUGAGCAAUAAAUUGUGAUGUUCUGGCUGUACCUGGGAUCCAAACAAGGACAUGGCUUCUAAAAAGAAUAAGGAGAUUUGUGAUCAGGAGGGAUAUAAAAACCACAGGGUAUGGAAAUAGGUUUAGGUGGGAUUUUUUCGUUAGAAAAGUAAAUAUGAUGGAACAUCUUGGGUCAGUAUAACCAACUGAGGUACAGGUAGAAAUUGGCAGAAGGGUUCAAUUUUGUAUUAGUUGUAUUAAGAAAUAAUUUACAUGCCCAUAAAAGUCACCUAUUUUGAAUAUAAACUCAAUGAUAUUUAGUUAGUCUAUGGAGCUGUGCAAUUUCCUACCACGUCCUUUUCCAUCCUCCCAAGAGCUCCCUAUUCCUACCCCAGCCUUAGGUGACCACAGAUCUGCUUUGUCUCUACAAUUUAUCCUUUCUGGAUAUUUCAUAUCGGUGGAAUUCUACCGCAUGGCAUCUUGUGGGUCUGGCUUCUGUCACUCAGCAUAAUGUUUUUGAUGCAUAAUGCGAAUCUACUUAACAUGUAUGAGUAUUCCCUUUUUAUUGCUAAACAGUACUCUGUGGUACAGAAAUACCAUAUUUUGUUAAUCUGGUAAAGAAGGGAUUACAUUUUAAGUAGGUAUGUUCUAGAAAAUUAUAUUAGAAUGAAAUGAAAAUAUUCAGUCAGGAUGGCUACAUUGGAGAUGCCUGUGUGAACUCGGGACUUUAAGAAAGAUCUCUUUCCCAGGCCUGUGUUUCCCUGGUGGCCCAACAGCAGUGUAAUCAGGCUACAACCAGUUUUUAGGCCAGUCAAGUGGGAUGUACACUCCCCAGCUGACCGGGACUCUGGAAAACAGCUAAUUGUAUUUUGGUGGGUGGGAGGGAUUACAGCAGGCCUAGAAUACCUUGUUGCCAAAAAAUAAGGGUGCUUUUAAAAAGGCUUGAGGCAGUAUUGAAAGGACAAAGCAGCCAGUUUAAUGGGGCUCCCCCUGGCCAGGUUGCAAAAAUGGAGUCGGUAAGGAAAUAUUAAAUACAGCUAAGUGGAACAAGUUGAAUCUAUAAAACCCCAAAUCUGAUACCCAAAGAGGAAAAAGGUACCAUUGAGUAUAAAUGGUAUUAUAUUUCAGGAAGAUAGGAGUGAACGUGUUUAACGUUUUCUUGCAGUUCGGAAAUGCCAGCAGUAUGUUGACAUAAAUGGGUGUCAUCUCUUCUAUUUAAUCUGCUUAGAAAGUAGACAUAGAUGCAAGGGCCUGGCCCACAGUUUCCCCCCAGAUAUAUCAAAGGCUUACUCCCCUCCUUCCUUCAGGUCUUCGCUUCAAUGUAAUUUAUCAGAGAUCUUCCCUGACUCUUCAAUAUCAAGCAGCAAUCCGGAGUCCCUACCCCUCAUCCUGCUCUUUUACUACCUGAUGUGUAUUUUGUUCCCCACAAAAUGAAAGGGACAUGACGGCAGACUUUCACUACUGCUCUAUCCCAUCCCUCUCAGUGCCUUGAUGUGUAGAAGGCACCUGUUCAAUUUGUUCAACUAUAUGCCAAGAGAAAUGACCAUACACAAUAACCAGGGGAAAUAACAGCAUACCGUAUGAUAAGAGAUUAGUCAGCUGGCCUACUAAGGAGAUCUAACUGUGCAAUUUGAUGCCUUACUCCUGGGAACCCCAGUCCUUACUGUGAGGAGGUGCUAGUGAAGCAGGGAUACAUUCCCAACAAAUUUUACUGUGACAGAACACUGAGUUAUGUAAUAAUAAUAAACAGAACAUAAUCACUUGGGCUUUAAAGGAGGCCUCAACACCAGCUGGCAACCACAUUAUAUUCCCCCCGCCUCGUUUGUUCAGUCUCUUCAAAGACUCAUAAGGCCUCAAACCUCCACCUGCUCUUCUCCCAGCUUUUCUCUCAGCUAUGACCUUGAAAAUGGAAGCAAUCAGGAAAAAAACUUCCACAAGCUUCACCAUCACACACAGCCACCUGCGAGCCCUGCGUUCAGGCUUUGCCUUCUUCCUAUGAUUUGUUCUUUGUCUAGUCCCUCCACUUGUGCGCUAGACCCCACCUUCUCUUGCCUCCUUGAGGGCAUUGUUCCAGCAAGAUGCUUGCCAACCUGCAGCAACCAAAG